AUGUGCUAUAGAAUUCUGAACAUUGUGGAUCUGGAGCACGAGGUGCCUCGGGAAUUGAGUGAAAAAGGACAUAAUAAAAAGUGUAGUGACUAUGACUUGGAAUUUGGAACUGAGUGUUUGCACUUGGCUCUAAAAUACUGUGAUACUAAAGCCAAACUUGUAGAAGGAUCACCUGACCUCUGGAAGGUGACCUACAAACGAGAUCUGUAUACGGCUGAAUCGAUUAUUAAGGAGAGAAUUUCACAAGAACUUUGUGUAGUUAUGGACACAAAAGAAGAGAAAGAACCUAUAAGCUAUCUUCUUGAGGCACUAAGAAAUGAAUUAAAUCAUGUUAAAGUCGCAUGUGGGGCUCUGGGUUAUGCUGGCAGAGAUACUCAGCACAUCUUGGAGCAAUGCUACAGUUUUGCUUGUGUGAAUUUUAUGACAUCUGAUUUUCACAAAACCAAGAAAUUACUGAGUAUGCUUGAGGAGAGUGACCUUUCCAUUUUGUAUCCUGUAGUUGUGGUUUCGGUGCAUUUCUUUGAUUUCAAAUUGGUGCCUCUCAGUCAGAGAAUGGAAAACUUAAUGUGGAUUAGGGAAUUUGCAAAGGAAGUGAAAAAGAGAAAUAUUUUAUUAUGUGGCCUUCUCAUAAGUUACUCACAGGUAGGUGACAUGUUGACGUCUUCUUAAUAUAUGUCUGUAGACUAUAAUCUUAAUAGUAGGAAAGCGAUUUUGUUAAAAACAAAUCGAUGUUAAUGAUGGGGAAAAUUAUAACUAUCCUAAGUGGACUCUCCAAAAUCUAGGAGAAAAAUAAAAAUC